CACCUUGAGCAAACGAUGUGAAAACGAAACGAAAGUGAAAAAGAAGAAAUUAAUAUAACACAAAAACCAUAUCAAGAGGGACAACGAUGAGUUGUGGAGGAGGAGGAGGAGGGGGGGAUGGAGGUAUGGGACGAGGAAUUACUCCAAUCUCAUCGCCCAUUCCCUUGCCUCAUGAAUUGACUGCCGAAUGGACAGUGCGUGCUCAGUUGACAUUCGCCCGGAAUGGUGAGCCAGUACAAAAGGAAUAUGGUGAACAGGAUGCCUUGCAUCCAGUGCGAGUGGUCUACAAAUUGUCAGCACCGAGCACUGAACAGGAUGCCGAUAAGUCAGCAGCUGCUGGUCAAAGUUUUCGUUCAACUACCACCGAUUCAGCCUUUGGCAGUCCUCAUGUUUCCCACGCUGCUGCCGCCACCGCCGCCGCCCCUUCUCCUCAACUAGGUGCCAGUACAACGGCACAGAUUUGUGGCACUCAAUGCCGCAGCACUUGCAACAUUAUGGUCUCGGCCAUUGCCGACUUUCUGCCCCAACAGGAAGUGGGUGAAAAUGAACCAUUCAUCUAUCACAGCAAAGUCAAGGCACAACAAUUGCGUGAUGCCUUCUCUCAGACAAGCGACACAGAGGAGCGACAGCAGCAGCAGCAGCAGCAAUUGACGUCAUCGAAACGUCGUCCUACCGCCUAUGAUCAGAGAAGAGCGACCACAGAUGCAUUAAUGAGGAGUUUCAAUACCAAAAGGCAUGCAGAGGAGGCAAACACUUUUAGGCCAACCUAUUCACCAACGCCUACACCGUCAUCAACCUUCAAGUCAGCUUCGAUGCCUCGAAUACCACAAUUGAAUGAAAAGAAACCGAGAACUGUUCAUAUCGAUGUCUAUUGUACGGGCUCUGAGGAGGAACAAGAUGAGGAGGAAGUGGAUCAGGCAGAUGCUGAGGUAUCCAGCACAUCAUCCUCUGGAGCAGGCAAUGACAAUUUUAAGCCUUACGAUUUGGAUUCAAAUUCAACACCUCAAACGGUAUUGGAUAAUGAACAAAUGUUGCUAAGACAUCAAAGGAUCUCCUCGACACAAGCUAUGCCCCGAAGAUGGGCUACUAACAAUAACAAUCAGCAACAACAACAUAAUCAAACCAAACAACAACCAAAGCAACAAGCAAAGCAGACGACUGAGAAUGAUCAUCAGGAGCAUCUCUUGAAUCUUGGUCAUGCCAUAACCAAAUCGAGCACGGCCGAAGAAGUCAGUGAGUCGAAGCAAUUGCUUUUCCGCAAACACAUUGGUGAUCAACGUGCUGCCAAAUUGGCCAAUUUGAGACAGAAAUAUAUGCGACAACCCAGUGCAGAGGAUACGCUGAGCAGUAGCUCCGCUUAUCCGAAUUCAUCACGUUCCAGCAUUCCGGCCAGAGAUGCCACUUGUAGUAGCAUUUCCUCAGCUGCCGCUUUGGCUGGAAGUGAUUGUGUGGAUUCGUCGUGGAAGGAAACCGAUGAAGUGGAUACACCCAUUUUCAAUUUAACCAAAUCGGAUAGUUUUGAUUAUGAUAAUUCUCUCGAUCGUUUGCGUAUACGUCAAAUGGAACGUCUAUGGUCCAGACCAAAUGUGGAGCAACCAGUAGCUCCAGUUGGUUUGCAAACCAUUCGAGAGAAUCAAUUCCAACGUAGCGAUACCAUACCUUCGGAAUCGGAUGGAUUUUCCGAUACAAAUAAUAUCUAUAAUACUUAUCCCAAGAGGCAGCAGCAGCAGCCACAGCGUCCUGGUUUCCUGCAAUUCUUUGGACCCAGUCAAAAUCAACAGCAACAGCAACCGUAUCAACGGCAGCAAGUGCCCCAGCAACAUUUGCUACAUCAACGAGAAAUACCUCAGACAGCGCCAGUUCAACCGAUUGUUGAUCCAUUUCGUCUACUUCAUCCCAGUUAUCGCUGGAAAAGUGAGGCACGCGAUAAUCUCUCCGUGCAAGUUGCCCCCGAUCAAACAAAUUCUCCCUCAUCGGAGCGUAGUUCACCGCAAUUGCUUAGCGCCGCCACCACGGUGGUGCGAUGUGGCAGUGAAGCACCGCCAAGCACCACAUCGGCCAGUACAUUGGGAAUGCCACCGCCCCCAUCACCUAUACCGAUACGUCGUUUUGAUAUAACACGCGCCGAUAGUCCCAGUGUAGUAAGUGAGGCCACUACAUUAACGGCCACCGUGCUCUCGGGCUAUACCCAUGAGCAUUUGGAGAAGGCACGUCGUUUCGGUAAUGUGGUGACUAUGCGCAAGCCAGGACAUCAUGUGGGACCCACUAAGAAUCCCAAUUGUCACUGCGAGAGCUGCCAACGGUGGUUGGCCGAACGUUUUCAGCUACGGGGUCGUGCCUUCUCCCUGGGUGAGAGACCUCUAUUGAGAAGGCCUCAGAUAUGAGCGGGAAUUCUUUCUGUCAACUCAUAAGUAUGCCACCGGCUGGAGUUUGAAGCACAAGCUAGAGGAAAACGAGGCCGAAAAAGGUCGUUAAAAAGUCUAUAGGGCUACCAAGAUAUUGCCUGAAGCCAACUGUGCAAAUUAUGGUCAAGUUUUUCUCAAGAAACUAUUAUAGUUUUGGCGUCACUUAGUUCCUUGAGGUAGAAGAUCUGGGGCUGUGAAAUGCGGGGGA